UGUGCCCUGCUGGGUGGGCAGUGCCCCUGCCGUCCUAACAUCAGUGGUCAUACCUGUGACCACUGUGUGCCCGGAACACAUGGCUUUGGUCCCACUGACUUGCAGUGAGUGCCGCUGCCAUUCCAAGGGUGCCACCAGUGCCAUCCGUAACCCUGCAUCUGCCAGGCCUGCCACGGAGCCACGACAGGCCAGCACUGUGAGAGGGCCCCGCUGUGAUCACUGUUCCUCGGGCUACUUUGGGCACCCUUGGCCAGAAGGGGACCCCAGAAGGAGUCCGUGCCAGCCCUGCCAGUGUAACAACAACAUUGACCCCCGGGACCCCGCUGCCUGUGACCCACACAGUGGGCGCUGCCAGAGAUGUCUGCACCACAGCCAUGGCCCUGGCUGCGCCCACUGCAGGCCUGGCUUCCACGGCAGUGCCUUGAGCCCAGGGGGCUGCCGGUGCUGCAGCUGUGACCCCCGGGGCACCGUCCCUUCGCGGUGCCGAUCUGGGGCUGAAGCCUGCUUUUGCAGACAGCUCAGCGGGCAGUGCCCAUGCCGCCCCCACACACUAGGGAAGGACUGUAGCCGCUGUGCCCCCCUCUUCUGGAACCUAGGGGGACCUUGGGGCUGUGAGCCCUGCAGCUGCCAUGUGCAUCACUCACUGCAUCCAGCGUGUCAGCCACCUGGACAUAGUGAUCGCAGCCUUGGAGCAGAAUCAGCAACUGCUGCAGCAGAUCCAGAGCACAGCAAGCUCCGUGGGAAUCCAGGCUUGGGAGAUGUGGCACCGAGCCAGGGGGCCCUGGGAUGUGGCCUCCACAGCCCCUGUGCAAGCGGCAGUGCACAGGAUCCAGCGCUUCCUCUUGGAAGAAGGUGCAGAUGCUAUGAGUGUGGAGCUGGUGGCUUGGUGUGGGCUAGCUGUGCCCCUCACCCAGGGCGGGGCAUCCGGCAUCACCCUCCUGCUGGAUCAGAUCCAGUGUGCCCUCCCUUCCCUGGACACUGGAGGCCAGGAGCUGCCCAAAGCUGGAGGUGUCCUCCAUCAGGCACAGCAGACCAGGAGGGUACAACCAGGGCCCAGGACCAAGCGCUGGAUGUUCAGGGGGUACUGACUGAGGCAGGAACUGAUGCAAGGGCUGCAGGCGGCAAAGCAGACACUCGGAGGCCUGGAGGCCCGUGUACAGGAGAUGGCAGGGCGCCUGGCUGGGAUAACAAUGGCAGUGGAUGUGACCCCAGCCCUGGGGCUUUUGUCUGGUGCAGCUGUGGCUCUCAGGACCCACUUGGCCCUGAGUCAGCGGCAGGCCCAAGAGGCAGAAGAGCAUUCAGCACAUGGCUGAGGGCCUGGGCAAGGAGUUGCAGGUGGUCCGUGGCAGAGUUGCAGGAGGGCACAAACAGCCUGAUGGGCACAGUGAAGGACUCAGGAGAGCGGGUACGGCGGACUCGAGCUGAGGCCCAAGAGCUGCUGAAGCAGGUGCAGAACAGCUGGAGUUGUCUAGAGGGGUUGGAGCACCGCCUGGUGCAGAAUGAGCAGAUGCUGGGCAAGAAGGUGGCCAUGCUCUGGGCCCUGGAGAAGUGGGCAGCAGAGCUGCUCGAGCACCUGCGGCUGUGGGCCAGUGCGCAUGCCACCUGCUGAACAGUGUUCAUGAUGCCACAAAGGGGGGCUCCGAGAUAGCCUGGGUGACUCAGCAACCUCAAAGUGACCCAGGCAUCUCCUGACUUAGAGACCACAGACCCCACUGAGUGCCUGCAAACCCUAAAUGACCCUCAUCGUGACUCUAUGAUGUCCUCUGUUGUAGACCACUCUGCCUGGUUCUAGGAAUUGUAUCUUGAUCCCUUGUGGCUAAGGGCGAGGGAUGACCUCUGGAAUGCCAGCUGCAGGAGACAAAGCUUGUCUCUGGUAGCAAAUGCUGCCUCGGUUUCCCCUCCCGGCCCCCAAACCUUGGUCGGAAGUCAGUGACGGGUAAGACCCCUCACAGUUGGGGUCAACCUAAACCAGACUCCAUCACUUGGGAGGCCUUCAUGGAAGGACUUGGGGGACUGCAACAAAGAGCAAUGGACUCUCCCAUGUGCCCCUCCCCCCCUUUGACAUAGCCCGAGUCCCCCUGUCCUCUGGGAGAAGUGCUUCCUGGCUCUAAUCCCCUUAAGCCUGAAUACCUGAUGGGGAGGGGUGCAGCUCCUUGCCUUGCUAGGGUGUGUCCUGGGGGAAAAUCUGGCAUUGCAAAGACUUCCUGAUAAACCUGGGAAAUCUGCUCUGCUAGGAGUGCUUUCAGUCAUAUGUUAAGGGUUCGAGCAGGAAACCCUAAAACUCUGUUCCUGACAGACUCUGAAGCCCUCAGAUUUCUUUGAAAUGUUAUCUGCUGUUUGAUCCUUGCCCCCCUGUAUUCCCGUGUAUUACAAUCCAAUAAAAGGCCCUGGAGGAGGGGGCUCAGGGCCUUUCUCUCCUCAGAGAAACUGGCUGCUCACUUCUCCUCCCCAAGCAGAUCACGUCAUGUCUCAGUCAUAUUUACUCUCAUCCGUGGCACAUGGAGGGACUUGCAAGGAAAGUCACCCCCACAGUCCUCCAGUUGCCCUCUGACCUUGAGAAACCAGAGAGAUCACAUAAAGUUCCCUGAGUCCAUGCAGUGUCCUAGACCCUGGUAAGAUCCUGAUCUCUGAGAGAUGUGAGAUUCCGAGUCAUCUUUAGUAUAUCUGAGCCCCUCAGGUUAACUACAUGACCCCCAGGGUGACCAGAGACCCCUACUCCUGAUAACCAGCUACCCUGAAAAUCCAGCAAAUUGAUUGACCUCCUGCCCAGACUCUUGUUGUGAAGCCUAGUGAUUGCCCUGAAGAACCCUAGCUUUGUUUCCUGGGCCCACGACUCCAGGUACUCUCUACCGGGCCCCUCAGAGCCAGGCUGACCCAGCCCUCCGACUCGCAGAGCUGUGGUCCCAGCCUCAGUCCCAAGAGCCUGGGUGGGGCCAGAGCUCCGGCAGCAGCGCGCAUUCCAGCCGGGACUCCGGCACUCCAGGCAGGCUAGAAGGUCCGGAGUGGAUAAAGAGCCAUGAGAUCUGGAUCGGCUCCCUGCUUCUUUAGUCUGUUGUUGACCACCAGCACCUGUUUUUAUACUGAGUCUGUACUUCUCGAGCCUACUUGCUUUGGUGACUAGUGGAGACAAAGACCCCUGGAAUCGUGCCUCGGGGCGGAGUGGCCUUUCUCUGUCUCUCCUCCUAUCCUCAUUUUCUCCUGUUCCUCCAGCUGGUGUCCUAAAGCUUUCUGAAUCCCUGAAUGGGGGACUUGACAAACAGCUCCUCCCCCCCCACUCCUUGCACCACCCUGGGUCUGAACACCUAGUUGCUGUGGACCAUCACGGCACCUGUGAUCCUUGGGACAAAGGCUAGGUUCCAUGGGCCAUUUGAAAUCUCAAAGAUCAGAUUCCUAGCUUUUGCUUAUGCCAUGGCCCCUACUUGGUGCACCCCUAAAUAUGGUGGCCUAAAGCCCCAAACCCACCACCUUUCCCUUGCUCUGCAGAUGUCUGGGCAUCAGGGUACAGUAAAGAUUUGCAGCUGAGAUGACCUGGAUCUGGUUUCUAGACUGAGGGUCUUUUUCGGAGCGGGGAGGAGACCUCUGCACAAUGUUGUA